UGGUCAGAUCGCUUCUGAAAAAGAGUUACAUAGCUCAGCGGGCCGUUCUUCGUACGAUAAAAAAAAUUGCUUAUAGUUUUACUGUAAGUGUAUUUUAUCUUUUAAAGCCACAAACGCGCACACUGCGUAAAACAUGACGUCGAUGGCCGCGGAAUGCCGUCACACACAGGAUGCGGGCGACAAAGUCGGGGGCGUGAUGACGUCACAGCCGUGGCAGAUUACAAGGCAAAUGACGUCGUUGGCUGCGGAAGACGUCACCCGCAGGCGAGCGACAAUUCUGAGACGCGAUGACGUCACGACAGUGGCAAAAUAAGUAAAAAUGACGUCUAUUACCGCGGAAUGACGUCACCCUCAGGAAGCGAGCGACGAUUCGGGGGCGUGGUGACGUCACGCCCGUGGCAAAAUAACAAGUAAAAAUGACGUAGUCGCGGUAGACGUCAGCAGGACGUUCGAUGGCCGCGGCCCUGAGUCGGUACCGCAAAGAAGAAGAAGAAGGCGCAGGAGGAGGCGGCGUCGGGUGAGGAGGUGGAGGCUGAGGAGAAGGCGCCGAGAUUUUUUUUCCCCCGUGGUUUCUCGCCGCCUUCGCUGAGACGCGAACUCGCCCCGGGAGAGAGGCAACCAGGAUUCAACCUUCGCUCUGCGACCGCUACCGGAGCUUCUUCAGGUCAAGUUCGACACCUGUCGUCGUGAAGCUACGGGUUGGAUCGGUGCCGGUGGCAAAUCGACUGCUGCUCACCAUUUACUCGCCCUCUCUAUGCUCGCCCUCGUCCUGCACUUGCUCCCACUUGCUCGUUUUGAGUCUACCCUACCGGCCAAUACCGGACACCGAACGCUGCGGCGCUGCACCGGUGUCGCACUGCAAUCAGAACGCGACUGGCAGCUGUAACCGAGGGGUGUGGUUGAGUGCUGGUUGCUGGAAGGGCGGUGCCGGUGAACACUGUUAAUUAGGGAGCCUGGCGCGAAGUGUGCGUGCGAGGCAUUACCACCACAGGCACAACCGACAUCACAAGAACCUUCGCCAUAGCCACCACAAUUCUAUCGCACCUACCGUUGCCUCCACUAAAAUAAUCGCCGCCAUAACCCGCACCGACAUCACUGCCACCCCCAACACACCCUCCACUGUCACAACCUUCACCGUCACCCACCGGCGCCACCAUGCGACACGUGCCAAGUGCACGCCAGCACUGCCUGGAGCUGGCAGCGGGCAGCAGCGUGGUGGUGAAGGCGCUGUGCGCCACCGUCGUGCUGCUCUACCUGCUGUCGUACGCCACGCACACAGCGUACGCGCUGGCCGUCACGCCUGGCUACCUCAUCCCACCGAUGCUAUGGGUGUGGACACCGCUCACCUGCUCCCUCGUCGAGCUGCACGCGUGGGAGGCGGCCGCCAGCGUGGCCACCGUGGCGCUUGCGGGCCGGCUCCUCGAGCCGCUGUGGGGCGCCCUCGAGCUGCUCACGUUCCUCGCCGUGGUGGGCACCGGGACCGGCGUGCUGGCCUGCGCCGCCUACCUGGCCCUGUACGUCGCCACCUUCAACCUCGACUACCUCUUCAGCGUGCAGGUGCGCGGCUGCGCGGGUUUGGCCGGUGGCGUGCUGGCGGCGCUCGUGCAGACGCGGCCCGACGCGGCGGCGCUGCUGCCGCUGCGCUCGCCGCCACGUCUGCUCCUCCGCCUGCGCCACGCCCCGGCCGCGGUGCUCGCGGCGCUGGGGUUGGCGGCGCUGCUGGCGCCUUCGCUGGUGAGCGGCCGGCCGGCGCUGUGUUUCGCCUGCGGCCUGCUCUCCGGCUGGGCUUACCUGCGCUUUUGCCAGAGCCACGCGCGUGGGCGGGGAGACAUGUCGGAGCACUUUGAGCUGGCGGUUUUCUUCCCGGGCCCGGCGCGGCCCGCCGUGGCGCUGCUGGCGCGGUUGGCACAUGGUGCCAUGGUGCGACUGGGGCUGUGCGGCCGCGCCGUCAAGAGGUACGACGUGGGGGCGCCGUCCGCCAUCACCAUCAGCCUGCACGGUGCCGACCCGCACGACGCCGAGAGGAGGAGGCAGCUGGCGCUCAAGGCCCUGAACGAGCGGCUGAAACGCGGAGACGAGCACGCCAACUGGCCCGACAUGGACGACGAUGGCGACCAGAGCAGUGACGACGAGCGGACGAUGGCGCCGGCAUCGGGUGGUGGCGCUGGGGGCACGGGAGCCGGCUUCUCCGACUCCCCCGAGAUCGUCGGGCAGGCCGGGCAACCUGCGCUCGCCGUGAAGGCGUAAACGCCGCAGUGGCAGAAGCGGCACCAGCAGCGCCAGCAGCGCCAGCAGCGCCAGCAGCGCCAGCAGCGCCAGCGGAAGAUCGCGAAAGCUGCGGUUUGCAGCGCCGGCGUUGAUUAGGGGGAUAAUUUUAUUUAGAGAAGAGACGACCCGUAAAAACUCGACCCUGCGUGUCCAGCCAUGUUCGUCGUGUGAAAGAUUUGCCGGCGGUAGUAGCGGUAGCGUUGGCGCCGGUGAGACAGCGACGACACUGGCCCCAUGCGGAUUGGAGGCAAUUUCGGAAGAACGUUCCGAAAUAUGAAGAAAAACCGCCAUAAGAAUGGAAAUGAAACUGAAAAUUAAAGGACGUCGCACGCAUACAAAAUGGAUUUAAGAUAACGAAGCUAAGGCUGUGUCCCAGGCCGUCUGACACAAACUAGGCACUUUGUUUAGGUGAGAAAAAUAUAUUUUAAAGUCCCAUUCACGUGGUCUAUUGUAGCACUCGAGCAAUGUUUCAUGACACUGACGUAUUGAAAUCGAGGGGAGUGACAUCACCAGAGUGCCAUAAUGUCACGCCCAUUCACAACUUUAACAUUCACUUUCUCAAACAUCAAUUCCUUUUUGGUAUUGGCAGAUAUAAUGCCAGUGUAGCCGGACCCUUCAGAAAAUGUGUCUUGAGACACGGGCCUUCCUGAGUAAAGGUGGAACCCUGCAAUUGUUUGCGUGCGCGACACUGCAGGCCGAAAGGGCCUCCACUAGAGGGUGCUCUAGACAGCCCCUCUUGAGGGUAUUUUGGCCUACUUUUCUAUUUUGGUGAGACACCUUGAAAGAGCUUUCCUAGGCAAAGGCCAUUAUUAUUAUCGAAGCUUCAGACGUGUCGGACAGCCCUAGGGUGCACACACACACAGGCGAGGUGUGUAUCUAAACGGACGUUUAUUUUUAUUUUUGCCGUGCAUCUUAAAUUUGGUCUCUCCACACGCGCCAGCACAGUCGCGAGUUUAAAGCAUUCAUCCUUGCUCGCGAGCACGAGCACUCGUCGGUCGUUGUGCCGUAUUUGGUCAUGGCUGACGUGGCGGGUUGGGAGCUUCAGAAGCUUUAUUUAGACUGGAGGAAUCGGACAAGGUUUGAAGCUUAAAUCGAUGGUGCAGGAAGGAAAAUAUUGUCCACCCACUCGCCACGGCGAACAUUCCAGCCCCUUGCGGGCCGGGACAGAACCCUGACAUUAGUUUCGUGGUGAUGAGGCGGUGAGCUUGCACAGCUGAGAUAUCCUGGGUUCGAAUCCCGAGUAUCAGCUGCCCGAACGUGGUUACACCAGGUUUUCACGUCUGGCACUGACGGAGCUGGUGAUGCCGCACAAGGGGUGGCGGGGGGGGGGCACUUGUUUUUUGUUAAUCAUGCGAUCACUGCAACUGCUGCAUCCUUUACUAGCAAAUCUCACGCUGAAAAUAAACCACAUCCCAUUUCAGCCGAUUCAGGAAGCCGGUGAGAGUGCACCAAUGCAAGGUCAAGUCGACGAUUGCUCGCCGCCAAACAUGGUGGUGGCCGCCAAACAUGGUGGCGUCAACCCAUGAGAGAGACCCUGGACUGGCGUUGAAGGAUCUAGCGGUGAUUAGCAAACCAGCAGGGGCUUGGUGAAGUGGGGUGAGUGCUGGCUACAUUGAAUUCGGCCGGCCAACGUUCACCACGAUUCUCAUUUUGUGAUCAUUGAGGCACCGAAGGUUUCUUGUGGUGGCCAAGUGGAGCAGAGUGGCACUGUCGACUCUGAAGGGCUGAAGUGGGAUGAGCUGUGCUCGGGAUGGAGGUGUGUGCGUGUGUAAAGCCUGGCUUUGACACCGAUACCUGCCCAACACAAAAACAUGGGGCUGGGGCUGUCUGUCGACCAGUCCAACGCAGGCAUGAAUGCUAAACCAUGCUCGGGCCAUGUUUGGGGUCUAGCCCUUAAACCAGAUUUAGCUUCAGCCUAUUUAGCACAAACUGGGUUAGGUCUGUCUGGUUUGUUCCCUGACCCCAACCCUGAUGAUCCGUUCAACCUGAUAAUAAACUGGGUUGAGCUAUGUCUGACAGAUACCCGAAUUGCAACAGCCCCAACCGAGCCAAAUGAGGUUAGGGCUAUGCACGGUUGGGUUAGGGCUAUGUCUUGAUCUAGCCGUAACGUUGAUAAUCAUCCCAGCACAAUAAACUAGGUUCGGCGACAUGCGAGACUGGUACAUACCCUUACUAUGACACCAGCCUAACAUUGUUAAACCAGGUUAGGGCUGUCUGGGUGGGUUGAGCUACGUAUUAAUCGAGCCCUCGGUGAACACCAGCCCAACACUAUGAUGAAUUCAGUUCGGGCACUAGCUUUAACUUCUUGACAGUGGUCCUGCUGCAAGACUAAACCAGGUUGUGAGUCAAAAGUGUCACCAAACGUGAAGGUAAAAUAGUUAACUAUUUGUGCAUAUGCAUCUACUCCCGAGACCAGCCCAACCAGGACAAUUGCUGAGGCUGUAACAGUUUAACCUCGGUGAUCAAGUAAAACCACCGCACGUGCAAGCAAAACAACGAAAAGACUUUAAAUUCACUUUCGUGGCAUUCUACCGAACCGACACACCAGUCUGGUCUGCAGUAAAGGGGGGGGGGUUCUUAAACCCCGCGCCAGCCGCCCUUCCCACAUGUGCUGACCUCCAUUCAAACCACAGCUGUGCGAAUCUGGUGAUAGUACUCGUGGUUUGUGGUGAUGUGCGUCGGUGGAGUUUUAAAAGUACUGUCCCCCCCGGCUGCCCAUAGGAAUGGCCGACAGCCGAUAAUAAUUAAUUGCCAAUAGCCGACCACCAGUAGCCGGCCAUGGGGAUUGGGUGAAGUGGAAGAAUUUAGCGUGGAUACCAGAUCACUGCGUGCCGAAACGGUACGUGUACUCGGUUUUUGUUAAGCUACAAGUUACGGUCAGUUGUGUGUGCGUGAAGAGCGAUGGGCAUCGUUUAAGAUGGAUUUAAAUAAACAGCUAUAGGUGUCA